AUGCCAGUGGGAACAUGUGUGGCACCACCACCAGACACCGUGGACCCACCCAUGUCCACAUCCACAACUGAUGAGUAUGAGUUGUGGAGUGAUUCGUGGAGUGGUUCUGCCUUCUCCACGACGAAGACGACGACGAACACGUGCCGUGGUUCUGAAUGGAGGACCACCAAUACGCGCGAGCGUGCACAAAUCAGCAAUGGAUGGGAUGUGUCCAACGCACGUCUUAUCAAUCCACGACAGAUUUCCCUGCCGGUAGAUGUGUGUGUGUGUGUCUCGACUCUACAGCACAUCCAGUGUCUGUGUCUCAAUGCUCCACCUCAUCUUGAAUACCCAUGCGCGAUGUGUCUUGCACCACGUCAUGGCGACCUCGGUAAACGCAGCAGCUGA